AUGACUCCUCAAAUGGUGCAGGUUCCUGGUGAAUAUGGUAGCAUUUGUACCAUUGGAGAAAUAAAUAUUGGAGCUAUUGGAACACCAUUAGGCAUGCAGAGAGACAGCAGGAGUUUAAGGAAUUUAAAGCCAACUUCUGUUUUAGAUCUUAUUGUUGACUCAAGCGGUACCACACCUGCAAGUCUCAGUUGCAGAAAGUCAUCUAUUAACGAUUAG